AGAGGGAAAGAUUGGCGGGUGCCAUCCUCCGGUAAGGUCCAGUCCAGUCCAGUCCCUAUCCCAACUCGAGUCGGUUCAGAAGUUGGAAUGCGACCCUAGAGUCUUCUUGGUUGGAGCAAGAGUGUGCGGUCUCAUCGAUAGCAGCACCAUUGGACGAUUGUUGCGAAGUUGGAGUUGAUUCGCCAGCCCCUCCCUUCCGUGCCAUCGUUGGAUCGGAUUAGCUUCGGACAGUCUUACAGUCGGACUACAUUACACAUCACUAAACUACACCAUCCGUACCGCACGCCCGGUUGAGCUACCCGAGUCAGCAACUUUGUGAAUUUGCGCGACGCAUACCAAGAAAGACCGUCACUAGCUGCGUUUCAUGGCAAUGGUAAUCAUGUCUUCGCUGUACCGGAACCUUUCCGUUCUGUUGCCGUUGCUGCUACUAUUGGCUCGGUCGACGCAAGCCUUUCCCCAACUCUCCGUCACCGGCGGGGCGCUACGCUUGCCGACGGCCCGUGAACAGGCAUUCGCUUUGCGAUCAACUACGGGAGCUGGUAUCCGUUCUCUGCAGCAACAACAGCAACGACCAAACCUACCCUUGUACGCACAGCUUCCCGAAGCCGUCGGCGAAGAUGAAGACGACAAUCGUCAUGCCGAACCCCAAUCCCCCGGGCUUUGGCAGCGAUGCCGUCCGUGGCUCCCUUUCCUGCGCCACCACCCACACGCGUCACGGAUCCCGUCCACACGCCACCGUUUUACACUCCGUCGCGUCACGACAGCAGCCGCCGCCGCCUUGGUAGGGACUACGCUAGGCAGCGCUCUGUGUGUUCCACAAGCCGCCCACGCCUCGGCUCCCGUCAUGGCCUUGCCCAAGGCCGAAGGCCGCGAUCCGGCGUCGGAAGCCUUGUUGGAAGCCGAACGCCGGCAAAUCAAAGUCACGCAACAAGAAUUGCAGGACAUGGCGGCCACGGCACGGAAAAUUGAAGCCACGCAGGGAGAAGCCGCCCGCGUGCGCUACGAGCAUGAAUACCAGGAGGCCCGUGAAGCCAAGGCGGCCCGGAAAAAAGCCGACCUGGAGGCCUUGCGACGGGAAUUGUUGGAUCAAGGUAUUGACCCCUUUACCGAUAUUGAAGGGAAGCGACAGGUCAUUGCUUUCGAGAAGGGGGUCGAUUUGGGGAAAAUCCCCGGGACGCCGUUUCAUCUCGAAAAAGAAUUCGAGCGCUCCAGUCGGCCGCAGCGAUCGUUCGGCUACAAAAAGGUGGAGAAUCGCAAAAUCAUUGCCUGCAUGGUGCAGGAUUUGAAGAAUCGCGGCCUCGAUCCGCUCGAGUAUUUUCGGACACACGGAGACAAGGCGGCCGAUAUUUUGGACCUACCCGCCCCGCAAGCCGCCUCACUCGCCCAGCAGUACCAGGCCAAUCUGGAAGCCUACGGGCAGAUUCGCGUCCCGCAAGAAGGAGAAGUCAGUGCCAAGGAGCGGCUCGCACAAGCAGCCGCCAACGAUCCGUCUUUUCAAGAACAGGCCAAGGCCCAAGCCAAGGCUUUGAAAGCGCAGGCAAAACAAGCCAAGGCCGAUAUCAAGGCCAAAGCGCAGGAAGCGAAACGGGUCGCAAAGGAAGAAGCCCAACGCAUAAAAGCGGAAAUGAAAGCAGCCAAACAGGCAGAAAAAGAUCGCGCCAAGGCAGUGGCGGCCGGGGCCGCCACUGCCGUAGCGGGGGCUUCGACCGCGGUCGGCUCGGCAGUAGACCAAGGGGCCGAAAUGGUGCAAGAACAAGUUGCUGGAGCCGUGGAAACGUUAUCGCCUGGUAUUGACGGACGCAGUGGUGCAGGGCCGGACAGCGGAGAAGAUUGGACGUUGCCACAGGAAGUCAUGGAUGGUGCGCCAGUACCUACCGCCUCUUCUACCUCCUUGAAAGGAAAGAUUCAAGCCAUGCCCAUUGUUCCCGUAUCAGCCUUUGUCGUGGCGGCCGGUGGUGGGGUCGCUUUCAAGGUGUACCGGGAUAAGCAGACGAAGGAGGAAGAGGAACGCCAACGGCAAUUCAAAUUGCUCAUGGGAGAUGACGAUGACAUUCGCCGUCCGUCCAAAAUGACCCCAACAAGUGCACCUGCCUUGGAAGAAAUCGAAUCCAACGUACCCGACAUGAAGCAGACGGAGAAACCAAAAGCAAAGGAAGAGCCGCCCCGAAAGGAAAAUGCUGCAACAAAAAAGGAAGAAACCCCUGUAGCGCCGAAAAAAACGAAGCGCAUCGGAUUGACCAAAGUUUUUUCCAAGAAGAAGAACGCCCGCGAAACUGAUUUGAAGGCUCUGUUGGCGGAUGAUGCGACGGCACCCAAUUUGGCCGAACUCUUGGCCAAAACCCUGACCUUUGGAGCUCCGGGACGGUUUCCGAAAGUCGUUGGGCUACCCGGAGGCAUGCCCAUGGAAACUUUCGACUUGGAAUUGGCCAAAGAAAAGCUAAUUGCGGCCCAAACGGAUUCAGGUUUGUCUCUGAAAGAAUCGGCCGAAGUCUUCGCCAACGUUGUAAACUGCAUGCUCAUUGAUAUUGUAGAUUUGGCAUCGACUUCGUUGAAAGAAAAGGACGACAAGCUGACGGUUGACGCAAUUAAUAUAGUCGUGGACUUUAUGAACCAUGCUGCUUCCUUGUACGAUUCCGUUGCCGAAGGUGUCGUCAUUACACCGGUAACGUAUGGCGGGAGCCUCAGCAAGUCGAAGCUAGAGCAAAUGUACACGGCUUACGCAGUUUCGGGUAUGACUAAUAUGGCCAACCUCAGCGACGACUUUGAAAACCGAGUAGCCCUCUUGCAGGAUGUCUUUCAAAUUAACGAAAAGAAGGCUGAAGGACUAAUGAUGAAGGCGGUACAAAAGAACAUGAUGAACAUGCUCAAGGACGGUGAGGGUAUGGAAGGAAUGGAGGAUAUGCUCAAGGAAAUGGGUGGUAUGGAAGGAAUGGGUGACAUGGCAUCCAUGAUGGGACCAGAUGGCGAAGGUCCGAAUCCGGAACAGCUCAAGGAAAUGCUAUUGUCGCUCAAGCAGCUGAAGGACUCGGGGUCUAUCCCCCCUGACGAGCUAGAUGCUGUGAAGUCUCAAUUCAAGGAAGCUUUUGGUUCCGGCAUUGACGAAGUUAUGAAAGAUGCGGAUGCGCAGGGUGGGGAACUCACUAGUGAUGACAAAGAGCUUCUUGACCUAAUGAAAUCAAUUCUGGACGGCUGAAAUGGUCGACCGCCAAAUUCACCCACAAGUUAAACUUAGACUUU